AUGACCACGCCCGCGGCUCCCGCCAAACCGGCACCGGGGCUACGCAAGUACAAGAUCGUGUUCUUGGGUGACCAGAGCGUGGGGAAAACCCUGCUCAUUACCCGGUUCAUGUACGACACCUUCGACGAGCAGUACGCCGCCACCAUCGGCAUCGACUUCCUCUCGAAAACGAUGUAUUUGGACGACAACCGCACCGUGCGCCUCCAGUUGUGGGACACGGCGGGACAGGAACGUUUUCGACUGUUGAUCCCGUCGUACAUCCGCGACUCCCACGUCGCCGUCGUCUGUUACGACAUCACCAACAAAAAGCUGUUCCAGAACUUGGAGAAGUGGAUCAAGGACGUCCAGCUGGAGCGUGGUGACGACGUCAUCAUCGUCAUCGUCGGCACAAAGUCCGAUUUGGCCCAGCAGAACCGCCAGGUGACGCUGGACGAGGUCGAGGCGUUGCACCAAAAGGUGGGGCUGAAGUUCUACAUUGAGACGUCGACCAAGGCCAACCACAACGUGAAGUUGUUGUUCAAGAAGAUUGCCCAGGCGUUACCGGAAGCAGGCCCGCUGCUGGGUGGUAGCGAAGCCAACGAACCCACCCAGACCGUCGAUAUCUCCGUCGACACCCUGGCGCCCCAGACCAAGUGCUGCUGA